AUGGGAACUACGAUUGUUUCAUCUACAGGAGACCAUGGCUCGGCCUCAACGAACGCCUCUGAUCCUGAACAUAUUGACUUUUACCACGCCGUCUCGCAAUACCCUGCAAACUGCCCAUACCUCCUUACUGUUGGUGCUACGCAACUCCUCCCUGGUCUUGAGGAAGUUGGCUUAAAUGUUGGCUGGUUUGCUUCUGCUGGCGGCUUUUCCUGGAACUACUCUCGCCCUGCUUAUCAAGAUAAGGCUGUUCAAAAUUACCUGAACAACCAUAAAGACCUCGAUCCUAAGCGUUUCAAUAGCCAGGGCCGCGGUUUCCCCGAUGUCGCCGCCCUGGGAUGGAAUGUUCUUAGUGUCUUCAGCAAUGAAUCACAAGUAGUGUCUCAAGGUGGAACCAGCGCAUCGGCGCCAAUUUUUGCAGCUUUGAUCAACCGUAUCAACGAUGAAAGGCUGUCAGUGGGAAAAUCGACAGUGGGCUUUGUGAAUCCAGUGCUUUAUGAGAACCCGCAGAUAUUUAAUGAAGUGACAAAGGGGAACACAUCGAUAUGUGACUCUGUGGCAUUCGAGGCUGCAGAAGGCUGGGACCCAAUUACGGGACUGGGUACACCAAACUAUCCAAAAAUGCUGGAUGUAUUUAUGAGCCUACCAUAA